AUGCAGACCCUGCGAAGGAAACCAAGAAAAGCGCUACCUCUUCAGGACGAGGCAGCCGAAGGUCUGUUGGACGCUACCCUGACCUUGGUAGGAAUCGCUCAGAUGGGGACGACCAAGACUGGCAAGGAAGAUUGGCGCCACUUUCUCAAGCUCUGCAUUUCCGGCAUCCCUCUUUCGUAUCGCUCUCAAGUGUGGUCCGAAUGCUCUGGCGUGAAUGAAAUGGCAGAGCCUGGGCGGUACGAGGAAUUACUAAGCGAACAUAACGGCGAACAAAAUCAAUGCCUCACGCAAAUUGACCUCGACGUCCAUCGCACCAUGCCAACGAAUGUCUUUUUCGGAGGCGAUGGGCCAGGGGUUCCCAAGCUCCGUCGUGUACUAGUCGCCUUUUCAUGGUACGAUGUAGAAAUUGGUUAUUGCCAGGCGAUGAACAACAUUGCGGCAACGCUGCUCCUUACCGAGCCAAGCGAAUCGAAGAGCUUCUGGCUACUGGUCUGCUUGAUUGAGAAGAUCAUGCCGCGCGACUACUAUACGUCGCACCUCCUCACUUCUCAAGCCGACCAGAGGGUGUUGAUCGAGUACACCGGCGAGCUCCUUCCCAAGAUUUGGGCGCACAUCGAGGGCCUCGGCGUCGAUCUUCCAGCCGUCACUUUUGCAUGGUUUCUGUCCCUUUACACCGACUGUCUCCCGGUGGAAGUCCUUUUCCGCGUGUGGGAUCUGCUCUUCGUGGAAGGGAUGGUUACUCUCUUCCGCGUGGCACUUGCCAUACUUGAGCUUCACGAGGAGGCUAUCUUGGAGACCCAAUCAGCGGCUGCUUUUUACAGCCUUAUGCAUAGGACAACCGGCCAGCUUUUUCACGCAGAUAAGCUCGUUCAAGCUGCGUCUACGCUCCGCGAUAGAGUCAAGCACACUGAUAUUACGAGCCGCAGAACAUAUCACAUUGAUGCCUUGCGCCAAGAACUAGGUCUUUGA